GCGAAGUGCCGCCAACGUCGUCUUCCAUUCUCCGACACCGAGAACGCAUCAGCUUCCAACUCCAUCACACUCCUCUUUUUCCUCCCUUUAAAACCUUUUCCAUUUUCCUCUCUCUAUUGUACUUCUCAACAUCCAUUCUCCUUCAAUGGCGGCAUUUUCGUUUCCUAAACUCACUCACUUCUCUUCCACAACCACCCGUCUCAUCCCUCCUAAACCCACAUUCGCCUCCUCCACCAAAGUCCGCAUGUCCCUUCAAGAAAAUGGGCCCUCCGUUGCCGUCGUCGGCGUCACUGGUGCCGUUGGGCAAGAGUUCCUCUCGGUCCUCUCCGAUCGCAAUUUCCCUUACCGCUCCAUCAAGAUGCUAGCAUCCAAGCGCUCCGCUGGCCGUCGGCUCACAUUCGAAGAUAAAGAACAUGUCAUCGAGGAGUUGACUCCUGAAAGCUUCGACGGCAUUGAUAUUGCUUUGUUCAGUGCUGGUGGGACAAUCAGCAGAGAGUUUGGUCCCACCGCGGUUGAACGAGGGACGAUUGUGGUGGAUAAUAGCUCGGCGUUUCGUAUGGACGAGAAUGUACCGCUUGUGAUUCCCGAAGUGAAUCCCGAGGCCAUGGAUCAUAUUAAGCUUGGAAUGGGGAAGGGCGCUCUCGUAGCUAACCCCAAUUGUUCCACCAUUAUUUGCUUGGUGGCUGCUACACCUCUUCAUCGACGGGCAAAGGUAUUGCGUAUGGUUGUUAGCACAUACCAAGCUGCUAGUGGUGCUGGUGCUGCUGCAAUGGAAGAGCUGGAACUGCAAACUCGUGAGGUAUUGGAAGGAAGGCCGCCAACUUGUAAAAUAUUUAAUCAACAGUAUGCUUUUAAUUUGUUCUCCCAUAAUGCGUCUGUUCUCUCAAAUGGAUAUAAUGAAGAGGAAAUGAAGAUGGUGAAGGAGACAAGGAAAAUUUGGAAUGACAAGGAUGUGAAAAUAACUGCAACAUGUAUACGAGUUCCUGUAAUGCGAGCCCAUGCUGAGAGUGUGAAUCUUCAAUUUGAGAAACCCCUUGAUGAGGACACUGCCAGAGAUAUUCUGAAGACUGCUCCAGGUGUAGUGGUGAUUGAUGACCGCGCAUCAAAUCAUUUUCCUACUCCUUUGGAAGUUUCAAAUAAAGAUGACGUUGCUGUUGGCAGGAUUCGCCGUGACUUGUCUCAAGAUGGGAAUCUAGGGUUGGACAUAUUUGUUUGUGGCGAUCAAAUUCGCAAGGGAGCUGCACUCAAUGCAAUCCAGAUUGCUGAGAUGUUACUAUGAGUUUACAUGUUUCAAGGAUGAGAUUCUUACAGGUCGCUAUUCUUUUGAGCUAAUCAUUUUUCAAUCUGACAAUCUUGAAAGAGAUUUUCUAGUAUAAAGUCCUAUAAUCAUGGAAAAGGCGGAUCAAGUGAGUGAAGGCCUAAACUUGCCAUUUUGUCUCCAGUUGCAUCACUGAAACUAUGUUGAGGAAGUCUUCUUUUUUAUAUACUUGUGUAGCCAUUUGUAUCCUAAAAUUAUUGUCUAACUUAUAGGACACUAC